AUGAUUCGUCUGCUGUCUUUCGUAGAGAGAGUCAAUGUUCGGAGUGAACGUCCUGAUUCAAACGAUCUGGACGAGGAUUGGCACAGUGACGUAAUGUCAUCACAAGACGAAACCGACUCAGAAGAAAGUCCAUCGGUCGAUCUUGUUCCGCAAUCCACGAAAACUAUCACGGUGAAGAAACUGUCAGUGAAAUCACACAAGCCAUUGCCAGCCGCUAAGCGCUUGCGGUUAACUGCUGAUGAGGAUGAACCAACUAAUGACACACAACUCGAUCCUCAACAGCUGUUGUAUUAUCUCAAGCAAACGAAUUCUAUUGUUUCAUCAUUGAAGAAACAACAAGAACAAACUGCAGUCUCUUUCGAUCGUUCAGAGAAAUUCUUGAAGAUCCUGUGCUCAAACCAAAAGAAGAUCGCAAAGACUAUGAUCAAGCGGAGGAUACCUAUCAACCUCGCACAGGACGAAUCAGCCUCUGAAAUGAACGAUCAAGCCACGGUCGAUGCUGAUUCGGUGAACUUACAACGGGCAGAUGGUGUUGUGAUCGAAUUACUGAAACUCGAAGUACGUGGAGAAACGUAUCUCCAGCGCAUUGAGGAACGAAACGAAGUUGAAGUAGGUAUUUUCGUGAUCGUUCAGUUCGAAUUGAGCCUGCCAAUAGUCUCCUGCCAUAGCCAGAAACGACACGCUUACUUCGAUCCUCUUGCCUUUGGAGCUAUUAAUCGAAAUGAUCGAUCGAUAAUCGAGCGAGAUAUCAAGCAAAUGCACAAAGAUGCAUCUCAGUCUGCGGCAAUCUCCAGUGCUUCAUCCUCGCCGUCAUUCACCGGGAACCCCACGAUGGCCGCUUCUGUUCGAAAACAGACAGGAAAUUCGAUUGCUGCUUUACUCGAUUCCGUCGGAAAACGGGCCCCAGGAGUGCCAAAACAUGUUUCUAAAGGACAAGGUGAACGAUGUCUCGGACUAGAGAAACUGGCCUUUAUCGAGUGGUCCUGA